UCGGUCGCUGCAGUUGCUGCACUUGAUUCUAAUGCUGCUGCGGCGCUACCAACAACUCCGCUGGAUCCGUCUCCCGCGACGCCCCCGACCACACCGCCCCUGGGGCCGGUGCCGGAACUGACUAACUUCGUUAAGAAGGUCCUGGACAGCGUCGUCAGGACGGCGCGGGUGGUGUACAGUAGAGAGGUGCAGCACGUGCAAAGAGCACUCUUGUCGUUCCUGCGGACGGAGCGACAGAAGCUGGUGGCCAUUGAGGACAUCAGCGACUACUCCCCGGAAGUGGCCAAAGCGACGGCGACAGGUGCUGGCGCGAGCACCACGGGAAGUGCUUUCGCACAACGCGAUCCUGCGCAGCUGCACGGAAUUACAGCUAAACUCGGGGCCUACGCGCGGGCGCCUGCAGCGUUUGCAGCAAACUCGAGAAGCGGUGCUGGUGGUAGUCGCAAGGACCGCAAACAAGAAGACCGCGUCGCGGGGAAGCGGUCCCUGAAGGAGUCCUUGAAGCUGCGGCUCUUGGAGGAGCGGGAGUGGCGAAAGUUGCUGCAAGCAGAACGAGCGGGGUUGCUCAAAGGGGAUCAGGAAUGGCGGCAAAUGAUGCUGGAGGAAGGUCUCUUGAACCAAACCGGCAACGAUUAUAUUAACUCGAGCGAGCUGCUGCACAUGAGCCCGAACGCCAUGACGAACAACUUGCUCGCCCUCGCACCGGAGGACCCCUUUGCAGCCGGGAUUUUGCUCUCGAUUGGGGAGCUUCGGCGGAAGAUGCGGGAGCAGGUGAUUGCACAGCUGAAACAGACGGUGCUCUUCUCGGACUACUUUUUCCGAAACAAUUACGACAAGCGAAAAGGUAAAGAAGAUAGCGCAGCUGUAUUUGUUCCUGGAGCACCUGGACCUGCUGCUGCUGGUCGUACUGACAGGAACAGUUCGACAACCUUUUCGUCAUCACCGUGGAAAGCAGAGUCGGAGAAGCAAAUUCUGCAAAAGCAGGAGUACCUGUUGCAGAAGUUGCAGAACGCGGCGGAGUUCUAUCUCACCAAGGAGAUGCAGCAAAAGUCCGAGGAAUUGCGCAAGAAGUCCGCUUUUCCCCCGGGCCUCGUUCCCCCGCUGGAGGGGUGGACAGGGCCGACGUUGUACGAACAGGUGCAGCUCUUUCUCGACGCGGAGAAGCUACCCAUUUCAAAAAUCCUCUUUGAAGCCUACGCGGCCAAACACUACGCGCGUAAGUCUACAGCCGACGCGUAUAAUUGUCCCCCGGCGAACGCUACUUCUUCACCUUUCGGCGCAAGUACGGCCAGCAGUGCGCCGUCACCUGCGGGGCCAGCAUCGUCAACGCCAGUGUCAACCUCAACCUCAACCCGUCCGACAUAUAUAGUUUCGAACGGGUGCUACGGAGAGACCACUUUCGGAACUACAAGAAAUUAUCCCGCUCAGCACGGUGGACCUGUCUUUGGCUCGCCCGGCGUGCUGCCGGCCAGCAACAGCACCAGUGGUCGCAUUGAUGAUGUCGCAGCAGGCAGUACUUCAAGUUCUGGCAGUACUUCUGGUGCACCACCAAGUUCUCGACAUCCAGGAGGCGCAUCUUCUGGGGUAAUGUCUACGAUGAAUGCGAUGAUGCACGCCAAGUGUGUACGGCUGAAGAAGCACGACGAUGUUGAUGCUGAAGAGCAUAAUGGAACCGUUGCAAGUCCUCAUCUGGAUGACGUCGAGACAAUGAGAAUGACGCCAUUAGGGCAUUACUUCACCAGGACACACUCGCCGAUCGCAGAGGUGGAGACAAGCGAGGAAAAUGACGAAACGGACGACGAAGAUUUUUAUGAUGACGGCCCGAUUUUCGUCCGGCCACUGGACAUGAGCCAGCCGGGAACCCGUGCUCCGCACGAGGAUCACGCCUGGAGAGACGCAUGCGAUCUCUUCCUGAUGCGGUUUGACCUCGGCGACGAAAGCGGACUGCCGCCUCCGGCACGGUAUGAGCGUGAGCAGCAACACCCUCUGCUCCCUGCGUGGGAACAGGCGGCAUUGGGCUGGCGGAAUACGACCUCGCCUGUCGCAGGUAGUUCUCCCCGAGUAUAUUCCUCCGCCGCGAGCGCGGAACAGGUGCAGCCCUCGAGUUCUCUCGGUCGGACAGAAGCGGAGGGUCGUGCACAUGCACAAAACGGAGAAGUAGCCCCGCCGCACGCGCCGGUGAUCUCUGGUUCUUCCGAUCAUCGAACAGAAGCACAAAUGGCCGUUUCGUCCUUUGGGAACGCAAGAAUUACGCCCCGCGCGAACGCAGGCUCCGAGGCCGCGGGAUCGGUAGACCAAACGCAAAUACAACCAGGAAGUGGUAGUGCAAAUGAAACAUCGC